UCCACUGUCAUGGCUCCCUGACUGAGUCGGCAUCUGGACCCGUUCGGUAUCAAAAUCUUUGGAGAAAUACAAAAAUUUUUCGUUUAGUUGGUCUGAAAGGGGGGAGAUUCCCACGACGUAUUUAGUAAAAAAUCUGAGUAUUCAUCAUGGCGGGUAGCAGCACGGCUCAGAAAACAUGGGAGCUAACCAACAGCAUGCAGGAAGUUCAGAGCAUAGAUGAAAUUUACAAAUAUGACAAAAAACAACAACAAGAAAUCCUCGCUGCGAAGCCAUGGACGAAGGAUCAUCACUACUUCAAAUACUGCAAGAUCUCAGCCUUGGCCCUGUUGAAGAUGGUGAUGCACGCCAGGUCUGGGGGAAACCUGGAGGUGAUGGGCCUCAUGUUGGGAAAGGUGGACGGGGAAACCAUGAUCAUCAUGGACAGCUUUGCUCUGCCUGUUGAAGGCACAGAGACCCGAGUCAACGCUCAGGCUGCAGCAUAUGAAUACAUGGCUGCAUACAUCGAAAAUGCCAAACAGGUCGGCCGGCUGGAGAAUGCUAUCGGCUGGUACCACAGUCACCCAGGCUACGGAUGCUGGCUCUCAGGCAUAGAUGUCAGCACUCAGAUGCUCAACCAGCAGUUUCAGGAGCCUUUUGUAGCAGUUGUGAUUGACCCAACCCGGACUAUUUCUGCAGGGAAAGUCAACCUCGGCGCCUUCAGGACUUACCCAAAGGGUUACAAACCUCCUGAUGAGGGACCCUCAGAAUAUCAGACGAUCCCCUUAAACAAGAUUGAAGACUUUGGUGUUCACUGUAAACAGUAUUAUGCCUUGGAAGUCACUUACUUCAAGUCCUCACUCGAUAGGAAGCUUCUGGAACUCCUUUGGAAUAAAUAUUGGGUCAAUACCUUAAGUUCCUCAAGUCUCCUCACGAACUCGGACUACACCACAGGCCAGGUAUUUGACCUGUCGGAGAAGCUGGAGCAGUCGGAGGCUCAGCUGGGUAGAGGAAGCUUCAUGCUAGGGUUGGACACGCAUGACCGGAAGUCUGAGGACAAAUUAGCCAAAGCAACACGAGACAGCUGCAAGACCACAAUUGAGGCGAUCCAUGGCCUGAUGUCUCAAGUCAUCAAGGACAAACUCUUCAAUCAAAUCAACACAUCUGCAAAUUAAACCUGAACUAAAGAUGAUGUGGAAUUCACCUGGAUUUCUUGUGCAUGUCUAGCACUUACUGGUAUAUGUUGAACUGCUAAAGGGUAAUAUUAUCUCUGACUUCUCUUGGGAGUUCUUUUUUAUUACACUUCUUCUUUUGUCCUAGGAGUACAGAUUAUAGAGUCAGGACUGGUGAAAAAUAAAGCUGAAGCUAAAACUGUG